CUUAGCGUUCCCUUCUCUUUCCGGCCAACCGAUCCCUCGGUGAAGCCCGUUGAUCGCUUGCGUGCUUUCUACGGCGAUGAUUACUACGUCUGUAGGUUUCAGGAGGUUGGAGAUAUAGAGACUGAACUUGCAGAGGUUGGAACAGAGAGAGUUAUGAAGAAGAUACUCACUUACAGAACUCCUGCACCACUUAAUAUACCGAAAGACAAAAGCUUUUGGGGAUCGAAAGAUGAAACUAUACCUUUACCGUCUUGGCUAACUGAGGAAGAUGUUGCUUACUUCGUCACCAAGUUUGAAGAGAAAGGCUUCUCUGGUCCAGUCAAUUACUACCGUAAUUUUAACCGGAACAAUGAGCUGUUGGGUCCAUGGGUAGGAAGCAAAAUCCAGGUGCCUACAAAGUUUGUGAUAGGGGACCUUGAUCUGGUCUACUAUAUGCCUGGUGUGAAGGAAUACAUAAACGGUCCAAAGUUUAAGGAAGAUGUGCCUUUACUCGAAGAGCCUGUGGUCAUGGAAGGAGUGGCUCACUUCAUUAACCAAGAGAAGCCUCAAGAGAUUCUCCAAAUUAUCCUUGACUUCAUCUCCAAAUUCUAAUCUUUGUUUUCCAGACUCUUGCAAGUUCCAUAAUAAGUUGAAUUAUGAGGAUAUCUCCUUAGUCAUGGUUAUGCCUGCGUUACUAUAGUUGGAUGCGUGCGAAUAAUGUGACAUUAUUCUAAGUAAUAAUAAGUAAAUGGUUCAUAUGACAUUA